CUCCCCGUAGGAAACGCCUGAGAUCGAUGAACAUGAAUCCAACGAAGCCCCGACAAAAGCCUUCCGGAUCCCGGUUCGUGACACCGGCCGUCGCCUGAGAUCAAUCCACGAGGUUCCGAUUAAGCACCGGCGUCAUACCCCGGACCCCAUUUCCGUCACCGACCUCUUUGAACCGAAGAAGAGCAGCGGGAGGAGGGUGAGAUGAGGGGGCGGAGCGGUGGCUGCGAUCGGAGAGUGUCCUUCCGAUGGAUCGUCAUUCUCUGCCUCUGUAGCUUCGCUCUCGGAAUGCUCCUCACGGACAAGUUUUGGACGGUCCCGGAUGUCAACAACCCUAUCGUCUCGAGCAGGCGGAAGACGGAACAAGAGCUGCAGAUCAUCUCGGAAGAUUGUACCACCAAAAGAAAGCAUGCGGACGAUAAGGAUGUGAUGGGGGAGGUCACCAGGACCCAUGAAGCCAUACAAUCUUUGGAUAAGGCGAUCUCCACGCUGCAGAUGGAGCUUGCUGCGAAGCGGAGCGCCCGGGAGCUGAUCAGCGAGGACGGCUCCCCGUCGAUCGAUGCCUCCAGGCGGCCGCGGAAGAAGGCUUUUGUGGUGAUAGGGAUCAACACCGCAUUUAGCAGCAGGAAGAGGAGGGAUUCGGUCAGAGCGACGUGGAUGCCCCAAGGUGAAAAGCUUCAACAGCUAGAACGCGAAAAAGGAAUUGUUGUUCGUUUCAUGAUUGGCCACAGUGCGACAUCUCACAGUAUUCUAGAUAAGGCUAUUGAUUCAGAGGAAGCUCAGCACAAUGACUUUCUCAGGCUGGCACAUGUGGAAGGUUACCAUGAACUUUCUGCAAAAACAAAAAUAUUCUUUUCCACUGCAGUUGCCACAUGGGAUGCUGAAUUCUACGUCAAGGUGGAUGAUGAUGUCCAUUUGAAUCUAGGUAUGCUAGCCACAACUCUUGCUCGACACAGAUCAAAGCCCAGAACGUACAUUGGAUGCAUGAAGUCUGGGCCAGUACUUUCUGACAAAAAUGUGAAGUACCAUGAACCUGAAUAUUGGAAGUUUGGAGAAGAAGGAAACAAGUACUUUCGCCAUGCUACUGGGCAGAUAUAUGCUGUCUCAAAAGAUCUGGCUACUUACAUCUCAAUCAACCAUCCAAUACUUCACAAGUAUGCCAAUGAAGAUGUAUCAUUAGGCUCAUGGUUCAUCGGACUGGAAGUCGAACAUAUUGAUGAGAGGAGUAUGUGCUGUGGAACGCCACCAGACUGCGAGUGGAAGGCCCAGGCAGGAAACGUAUGUAUUGCAUCAUUCGACUGGAGUUGCAGCGGUAUAUGCAAAUCGGUGGAGAAGAUAAAGGAUGUCCAUGAAAGAUGUGGUGAAGGAGAUGGAGCUGUUUGGAGUGCUUUAUUCUAACCGGGGAUUGAUGUUAGUUUGACUAUUUACGCACUCAUACAACUAGAGAGGCAUCUCCUGACGGAAACAAUGAACAUUACAAGCAAGAUCAAAUCCGACGAUUAGUGAAGAUCAAGUUUCCCUGUAAAAGACCAUAAGAUGAACGGGCUGUCAUCUCGUCAGUUGGGAUAUUGAGGUUACACUUAUGCUUCUGGUUGAUUCUUGAUCGAAAAGCUUGUACUGGUUUGAGAAACUCGAUUAGAUGGAGAUGAAACUGCUACUAAUGCACACAAGAGCUAAGCUGUAGUUCUGAUGUGUAUCCAGUGGGAUUUUUUGUCACUCCAAAGAUAAGAAUUCUUUAGUUAGUCGAUUGUUAUUUGUUCUCAUAUGUAUGGUGUCUGCUCAGUAUGAAUUUGUAGGUGCACCGCACUGCUGAAUGUUUGUAGGAAAAGAGCUACUUCUUCCA